CUCAGGUUCAAGACAGGGUCAUGGUGCAGACGUGGGCUUGGUAACCAGCCAUAAAGCAAAGCAAGAGGCACACCUUGACUUCUCUCCACGCCCAUCCGAAGGCCUGUUCAGCACCUAGCGACGGACACGAUGCUCGCACCUCUUCGCCUCAGCAUCUUCGCCCUCGCUGCAGCACUCGUCAAAGGAGUCCUUGCCGACCCUCCUCAGAAUCAGACUAUUGAGCCCGGCAACCAGCCAUCAAUUGCAGACAAUAUCACUAGACCUCCGCCCCUACCCAUUCACAUUCCUAUCAGCAUCGGCCACCUUCCCGUUGUCAACGGUCUUGGCCCUCAGAUCAUUCCUUCCAAGAACUGUUCCGCCGCUGUCUCCAUACUCACAAGCAUUCAGGAGCUCGACAAGUGUCUCGGACUGACCAACGACAAGUACAGCGCGUUGCAGGCGACCGUAGGCAAGCCCGGAGAGAGUGUAGCUUGGCAAUUUGGAGACUAUCUAGGGCAGACGUUCUGCCCCGCUCCAAGUUGUGCACCUGACGUGCUCAACGACGGCAUCCUUAAGCUUGGAGCAAAUUGCAGUGAUGCUGGCUCACACUCGACGGACGAAGACGAUGAUGACGCCGAUAAAAACGGCAAGGACCAAGACAAUGACGACGAUGACAAAGGCAAGGCCGCUGCGCCUUCUUCUGCGCCAGAACCGUCCGAAGCGACCUUCCUCACGCUGCUUAUCUCCUCCUAUCAGCUCCAACGCAAUAUCUCCUGCCUUGUCAACCUGCUCGCUGGCCCGCCUCCAGAGCAUCCCACGGCCAGCCUUGGAGGCAAUGCUCUUUGCUUCAUCAAGCUCCUCAAAGCCAUCGAAGCGCACACGGAUGUCGUCUUUGACUCUGAGACUCUGGUCAGGAUGAAAAUGGUGGACCACGCCUUGAUGCGGGAGAUUAGUGAGAAGGUGACAAAGAAUGGUACGGGUGCUGUGAAAGAGGUAUUCAGUACGGAAUGUCACAAGGCUUCCGUCAAUUACCUCUUCGGCGGGAAGCUCAAGGAUGCGACUGCCGCCGGUCCUAAUGCCACCUUGGAUGCCAACGAGGACCCAUAUGACCUUCCUGCUACAUCUGCCCAGUUGACAGGAAAGGCAGCACCUUUCGCUCGUCGUUUCCUGGUACAGAAUUGUGGCGAGGCGUUUGUCGAUGGAGAGAUGCCCAAGACUGUGGAAAUCAGGACGGGACCGGGGAUCAAUGACCAUAGCAACGGGGCAUCGUCAGCUCAGAGCCAGGCGGUAAACGGGACGAAGCACGGAAAUGGAGCAAGCAUGAGCGUAGCGAAGGUGGAGGGUGCCCGAUGGGGAGCUGCUCCGUUCAUUGGCGUCGUGGGGGCGUUCGUUGGUGGGCUAAUGAUUUGAGAGAGUUACUAUGCGUCCAGCCUCUCUGAUCUCCGCUCUGUUUCUGUGAUGACUGAAAUUCGCUCUUCUCAGAUCGGCCACUCUGUACAUACCUGCCUCACCUGACUUCUCUAUCUCAUUGUUCG